UGAAGACUGAAGAGUGAAGAGGAGGAUAUCUAAGAGAGUCCAUCCAAAUUUGCCUUUUUUGCCACACAAGUAAGAGGAGUGUUCCCUCUCUUUUUUCUUUUGUGCUGCAAUUCCAAAUUCCAAAAUCCCAAAUCUCGCACUGCUUCCACUCUCUCUUCUAUAAAUACACAAAAACAAAAACCUCACCCUCUCUCACUUCACAGUUUCACUCUUCUCCUCGUUCUUCGUCCUCCCCUUUGCAUUGUUUGAAAGAAGCAGCAGAAAAACAGCAAAAGAAAAAGUGAGUGUGAGGUUUGGUUAGUGAAGGUGUAAGAAAGGGAGUGAUGGACGGUGGCGGACACUACAACCCUCGCACCGUUGAGGAAGUUUUCCGCGACUUCAAGGGUCGCAGAGCUGCUAUGAUCAAAGCCCUCACCACUGAUGUUGAGGAGUUUUACCGGCAGUGUGAUCCAGAUAAGGAGAACCUCUGUCUGUAUGGAUACCCCACUGAACAGUGGGAAGUUAAUUUACCCGCUGAAGAAGUUCCUCCUGAACUUCCCGAGCCUGCAUUGGGCAUAAACUUUGCUAGGGAUGGGAUGCAAGAGAAGGACUGGCUAACUUUAGUUGCAGUUCACAGUGAUGCGUGGCUAAUUGCAGUGGCUUUCUACUUUGGAGCAAGAUUUGGUUUUGACAGAGCUGACAGGAAACGUUUGUUCACUAUGAUUAAUGAUCUGCCAACAAUUUUUGAGGUUGUGACUGGAACUGCAAAGAAACAGUCGAAGGAAAAGUCAUCAGUUUCAAACCACACCAACAGCAAAUCAAAAUCUAGUUCAAAAGGGCGAGGAUCUGAAUCGGUCAAGCAAACAAAGCAAGCAAAGGAAGAGGAUGAGGGUGCAGAGGAAGAUGAGGAGGAGCACGGGGAGACCCUGUGUGGUGCAUGUGGGGAGCUCUAUGCAGCUGAUGAGUUUUGGAUUUGCUGCGACAUAUGCGAGAGGUGGUUCCAUGGCAAGUGCGUGAAGAUCACGCCUGCUCGGGCUGAGCACAUUAAACAGUACAAGUGCCCCACUUGCAGCAACAAGAGAGCACGGCCUUGAUACAUCAUUGCAUUGGCUGUAUAGCUAUUUCAUGCUAGACUACUAACUAGUUAGUUGCCUAGGCAUUCUCUGUUGUGCCAUCUUAGUGUUUGGCAUCUGUAUUUGGUAGUUUGGUCUUGUGAACUUCUUACGUGGAUAGUUUGUUUCAUUAACAGUUAGUUUAUGGGUUCCAAACCAGUCUGUAUUUGGUAUAUUUAUGUUCCUAGUACAAUUUAACAUUUGUUUGUGCAGAAAGGUUAAUUUGUGCUUACAUAAUAUUGAUUUUCGUUCAUGGUUAAUUACUAUAAUUCUGCAUUGGUUGAUUGAUUGAUUAGAUUUCUGAUCUGCCAUUCUGCCUCAUGCAGCAGUCUCUAGUGGCUACAUUGGCUUUCAUAACAAAUUAUCUGACUUUUGUAACUUAUGCUCCAGGGUGCUUUUGCUCUCACUUUUGAUGGACAAUGGGAAAAGGAGUUGGAUAGACUACAAAGUGUACAUUUUGGCCUUAUUUGUGAUAUAAUUGUGCUUUGAUGAGUCAUUGGCAUAGCAACUUCCCAAAGGAGCGCUACUCCACGGUGUAAAUUCGGAUGACACUUCCAAGUGUUGGAUGAGCUUUGUGUAAUUUCACACUAGAUAGUUAUGACAAUACAUAGACCAAAUUGGGUUUAAGAUUUCUGGCCAUCGCCAGAUUUUCAAUGGGGCAGCAAGGCUGAGGGAGGGCGAAGGACUGAAAGAGGCUACAUAAGGGAAGUCGGAGGGAGAAGGUUGCAAGGAGAAGAGAAUGAGUCGAUGAUUCAUGGGAAAAUGUCACAUACCCGGAAGGUAAUAGAGUGGCGAACAAAUUGGCGAGAAUUGACACUGGAGUUGAACCUGGUCUUUGUAUUUUAGGAUGCUACGCCGCAAGAGGUGAGCGGCUUCGUGCGUGAGGAUGAAAGAGGGGUAGUGCUGCCUC